UAUGUGCCUGUAUUCAGCCAGAGAGGAGGGACUGUGAAAAUAAACAAAAAACCACUGGUAUAACAAGGCUCUCUAAAAGUUGAACAUUUGAAUGCUGAUUCUGUAUCUGAAAAGAUAAUUCAUCUCCAUUGCAAGUUGAAAUUGGACCAAUAUAUUUUGACAUCAUGGCAAGACACAAGAUCCUCACCUUUACUGUGAUGUAUUUCUUCCAGGCUUGGACUUUGGGUGUGGACUCCAAGAUGGUUCAUCUCCAUCAGCCUGGUCUCAAUUCCAGCAUACCCUUAGACAUGGUCCCUGACUCUGUUGACGACAUGUAUAAUGGCUGCACUGAACAAAUGUACAACAAGGUGCAGAAGGAAUAUCUUCCAAAUGAAAUUAACAAAGUAGGGAUCUUCAAACAAGCCUGGAUGAAGGCAGAAGGAUGUGCAACUAUUGAGAAUGUGAAGAAACGAUUCCAAAAGGACAAGUCCAAGUACAAUCCUAAAGAACUUCCACAUGAUCAUAUCAAGGCUAUCUGUGCUUACUCAGGGGGUCAAAGUAAGAUGUACCCAGUGUUCAACCAAGCAGUCCGGACCAGUAGAACAGAGUACACCACCUCCUUCCAGUUCCACUCCCUUCACUUCCUGCUGACUGACGCCAUUCGCCUCCUGAAACUGAACCAAAAGUCCUGUCACACCACGUAUCGAAGAACCAACAUGGAGUUUGUUAGUAAAGUUAACAAAGAAAUCAGAUUUGGCUUCUUUGCCUCCAGCUCUCUCGACAAGGGUAUUAGUACAAGAUUUGGAGACAAGUCUUGCUUUGAGAUAGAGACAUGUUUUGGCGCUGACCUGAAGUCCUACCCCAAACUGGGGAAUUAUGAAAAGGAGGUGUUGAUUCCACCAUAUGAAGUGUUCAAAGUUACUGCUGUGCUGAAGAAAGAAAAUGAUAAAAACCUUUGGUGCGAUGUUGUGUACACAGUUAAAAGUAUCACCAAGCCAAGGAGUAACCUGAAUUGCAAACUUUUUAAGUAAACAAUUAUUAAUAACUAAGAAAAUUUCUUAUAUACCUUCUGCAGCUUGUGGCAAAAUGAAUAAAGAAAAUCAUUGAGCUUGACAGCAGUAUGUCUAGUCCUUUUAGUUAUCACUUUCACUGUACUACAUUUAGACUGUCUGAAGAUACAACAUUACAUGGGCCACUGAUUAAGAUGUAAUAUAACAUGACACGAGUUGAAUUGUCCAAUAAAGUGAAUCUGGAAA